AUGACUGCUGCCUGGAAAGCCGCCGGUUUGACCUACAACCGCUACCUGGCCAUCGCCGCCCGUACCGUGCGCCGGUCCCUCAAGGAGACUCCCCGCCUGAACGCCGAGCGCCGCGGUGUGAUGGACCUUCGUUUCGCCAAGUGGAAUAACGGCAAGCAGGGUGAGGUCCAGUCCCUCGCCAAGGCUAACAACGCCGCCAUUGCUGCCCAGGCCGAGAAAUAG